AUGGUUCGCAUCACCACAUGGAAUGUCAACGGCAUUCGCAACCCGUUUGGGUACAAGCCAUGGAGCACGAAUCGCACAUUCAAUGCCAUGUUCGAUAUAUUGGAGACCGAUAUUGUAAUUAUGCAAGAGCUGAAGAUCCAGCGCAAGGACCUGACGGAUGAUAUGGUCCUUGUACAAGGCUGGGAUUGCUACUUCAGUCUGCCCAAGCACAAGAAAGGAUACUCUGGUGUGGGAAUCUUCACACGACAAUCCGUAUGCGCUCCUAUCCGCGCCGAAGAAGGCGUCUUAGGCGCUCUUUGCCCUCCCAACUCGACAACGCCCUACCGCGAACUCCCGGAAUCUGACAGUAUCGGCGGCUAUCUGACUCCCGAACAAAUUGCAUCCCUCCCUCCUGAUCUUGACGCAGAGAGUUUAGACUUGGAAGGGCGCUGUCUUGUCCUGGAGUUUCCCGCUUUUGUCCUUUUUGGUGUCUAUAGCCCAGCAAACAGCAAUGGCUUACGAGACGGAUUCCGCAUUGGCUUUCUAAUAGCGCUCGAGACACGGAUAAGAAAUCUGACGAAAAUGGGAAAGAAUGUCAUCCUUACGGGAGACUUGAAUGUUUCCCGGGACUUGAUCGAUACGGCGAGAGCGGAAGAACAUAUACGGACGGAGGGUAUGACACAUGACGAGUAUCUAAGCACGCCGAAUCGUCGCAUCUUUAAUCAGCUCUUGCUCAAUGGAAAUGUUCCAGGUGAGCGGGACGAGGGACGGGAAGAGCCGGUACUGUAUGAUUUGUGUCGCGAGUUCCAUCCUGAUCGUGAAGGCAUGUAUACACAUUGGGAGCAGAAGAUCAAUGCCAGGCCAAGUAAUUUUGGAUCACGGAUCGAUUUCAUUCUUUGCAGCAUCGCCAUCAAGGAUUGGUUCCAGGACGCAAAUAUCCAAGAAGGAUUGAUGGGUUCAGAUCAUUGUCCGGUAUACGCGGUGUUAAAAGAUAAGGUGCCAAUACAACGGACAUCAGGAACAGAAAGCGUAGAAGAGGAGGUAAAUUUGCUAGAUUUGAUGAACCCAGCGGGCAUGUUCAAAGACGGUGUACGGCAACGUGAUUACGAUCCAGCCAAGGACGUCCCGGCUCUUAGCGGGAAACUUCUCUCGGAAUUUACUAAGAGGAGGAAUAUUCGGGACAUGUUCAGUAAAAAGCCAACACCUCCAAAACCUACGCCUGUGGUAGUUCAGCCGGAUGUCACAGCAAAGGCUGAGGUUGCAAGUACUGCGAGCACAGCGGAAGAGCAGAUGGAUAGAGAUCUGGCUUUGGCAAUUGAGGCUUCGAAAGCAGAUAUGCUUGCAAAUACGGAAAACAAACCCACAUCUUCACAGAGUCCUCUCAGGUCCGCUGAAAAACGACGCGCAUCAGCCUCUGCUUCCCCUGGAAAGCCAAUCAAGCGGGGCAAAGCUGGCGCCCUCGCUGUGUCUACCAAAGGUAACAAGGGGCAACAAUCACUCAAAGGUUUCUUCCAGACACAUAGCAAGUCUGCAGAUCCUACUACGCCCAAAGACGCAGCGCCAUCAGUCUCAUCUCUCGAAACCACGAAUACUCCAAGUCAGAAUGCUACGGAAAUGCCUCAUCCACCUUCUCCGUCGCCGACAACUAACGAGGCGUUUGAUUCUGAUCCCCGCGCUUCUCAAGAAGCGUCAAGGGAAGGCUGGACGAAGCUUUUCUCUAAGAAAGCAGCGCCCCGAUGUGAACAUGGCGAACAUUGCAUCACUCUCACGACUAAAAAACCAGGAGUCAACUGUGGACGGCAAUUUUGGAUAUGCCCUAGGCCAAUUGGGCCUUCAGGACACAAGGAAGUAGGGACGCAAUGGCGUUGUGGAACGUUUAUCUGGUGUAGUGAUUGGAAAGGCAGUUGA